CGUCAGAUCAGCCGUCUGAAAUAACACAGCAGUGUUUCUAUGGGCCCGACUUCACGAUUGAUCGAGAUUGUUCCGCUGCUUGCUAAAGUGUCAUCUUACAGAUAUUGACCAGAGAGUGCUAGAAAAUACUGUAAAAAAAAAUAAAAAAUCAGGCUUCAAGUCCGAUGAAAGACAUGAAGAAACACAGAGAAGUAUGGAGAGUAAAUUCUGUGUUUUGAGCGACACCGAGGACCUCCAAACGCUGAUUUCAAACACUCAGAACAAUCUCCACUUCGAAAGGUCUAAGACACUGUUUGAAGAAAUCCGUGCCUCCAUCAACAACAAUGAUGAAGAGGACCGCUCCUUCUGGAGGCCCGUGCUCCCCUGGGGCGGCGUCUUCACCAUUAAGGCAGGACGCAAGGCUAUAUCGUGCACCCCUCUGUACGUCAAAAUCAAACUUAAAAACACCUGCACCAUCGAUGGCUUCCUCAUGAUCCUGUAUGUGAUCCUGCGGGACAACCAGGGAGUUCCCAGGGAGCUGGCAUUCUUCCUGGGCAAACAGUUUGUGGAGCAUUUCCUUUACCUGAUGGACUCCUGCGACUACACCACAGUGAAGAUGCUGUGGAUCUGGAACAGGAUGUCUAAGCGACAGUACCGCUCUGAGAUCCACCAGGCAGCCCUGGAGAUUGACCUGUUUGGCAACGAGCACGAGAACUUCACAGAGAACCUGGAGAACCUCAUGUCCACAAUGCAGGAGAGCCUGUGCACCAACUGGAGUUGCCCGGCCCGCUUCCAGGAGUUCAUAAAGACUACAAUCAACAUCAGCCCUCCUCAUGAGCUGCCUCACAGAGACCCCAUUCAGUCGGCCGUGGACGAGUUCUUCUGCCCCAAGCUCCUACUCUGCUCACAACUGGGGUGUGAUGGUCUGAGGGAGUUCUCUCAGAGGGUCUUCUGCCAUGGCCCCCCACCCUUUGUCAUUCUCAACAUGCAGCAGUGGAAGUCAGAGGAACUAUCCUAUGUUCCUUACCAUCUGGCUCUCUGCCAGCACAGGUACUCACUGGAGGGCGCCACACUCUUCAACAAGGAAGAGCAUCACUACUCUGCAGCCUUCCAAAUAGACGGCUGCUGGAUGCACUACGAUGGUCUGAGGAGUGACAAUCUGAUCCUGUUACACAAGCCACCGGAGCUCCUUCUGCUGUCCUCUCUGGUCUACAUCCGUGCCUCCGACAAGUGAACUCUUAUCUCAAGCAGACACGCAGAUGAGCCGGACCAAGCUCAAGAGUCAAAGCAUUUCCUAAAGUUAUUCUGUCAUGACCCCAUUGAUGGAAUUACAUUACUGUAAUCAUGUUUCAUUAAUCGAUUUCCAAUCAGCUGUUCCUUCCUCUCAAUCGCCUGAACUUGCAGAAAGCUUAAUCUGUUAGAUGGAAAUGACUUCUUCUGGGGCUUGCUUGGAAUCCAAGAAUAUAAUGGACUAUAAUAGUUCUGGGCUGAUAUGCAUAAAUGACAAUAUCAGUGACUAACGCACAUCGUAUGCAUAUACAGUUAGCAUGCUUGUUAACAGGAUUACACUGUGAGGGUGUAUUUGUAUAGGAGAUGACACUGACUGUAUACCGCAUUCCCAUCAAAGUGAGCCAUUUUGGCAGUUUAAUUUUACAUUUAUGCAUAUCAGCCCUUUCCUACAAUUAAACUGGUGCUUUUCUAUUUACACUGUGGUCUGAGGCUCAGAAACAACUAAACAAGGCCAAGGUUUAUGUCAGGUUAAUGUCUAUUGGAGGCAAAAAUUGAAUACAAUGAGUAAAUGUUCAAAGGUUGAGGGCAGUCUGAACUCUUCUGUCUCUACAAGCUUAAAUAUGACCUGUUUGGCUUCCAGGACACUAAGCCAGCAGCAUGUCCAUAUUAAUUAAUUAAAUUCAAGCAUUUAAACACGCUAGCUCAGCACACACUGCAGUCAUCAACACAGGGAAUAUGUAUGUAUUUACAUGUUAUUUUUUAAAUAGUCAUUAGUUUUCAAUUGCUGUUUUUCUAUGCUGAGACUCUUUAAAAUGCAAAUACAAAUAUUUUGAAGUACA